GUCGCAGAUUGGGUCGCUCGUGAGUGCGGGCACGACAGAGGAUUUGAAGGAAAAAGCUGGCACUUUGGAGGACCAGGAAGUGGCUGAACUAGAACAGAAGCUGCCUGACCAAAUCCAGUCCCUCAAAGAGGAAGCUGUUGUUCGGAUAACCAACUACCAUGUACCUCAAGGAGCAGGGGAUAUAGUCAUGAUUCAGUCAGAUCACACUGGUGCUGUGGAUAUCCUUUCAGCUGAGCUGGAGACUGCAGACCUCCUUGGGGAGCAGAGGAAAGCUCAGCCGCCCCCUCUGGCUCCACCCACCAUGUGGACCACGGAGAAGAUGAAGGAAUUCAAAGCCAAGAUGGGAAAAGAGAAGAAUGGCCGGAUGGUGGUGAAGCGAGGCGAGGUGGUGACAGUCCGCGUGCCAACCCAUCCUGAUGGGAAAUGCAUUUGCUGGGAGUUUGCUACAGAUGACUACGACAUUGGGUUUGGAGUCUAUUUUGACUGGACCACGGUUACUAGCACUGCCAUUACUGUUCAGGUCAGCGAAUCCAGUGAUGAGGAGGAUGAAGAGGAGGAGGAGGAAAUUGAAGGACUCUCCCCUGUUGGUGAUGUGGAAAGGGGUUCCAAAAGCUAUCUGCGGAACCGCUAUGGAGAGAUCAUGCCUGUGUAUCGGAGGAACAGCCAUCAAGAGGUGCAGGCAGGCAGCCACGAGUACCCAGGCGAGGGCAUCUAUCUGCUGAAAUUUGAUAACUCAUACUCUCUCCUCCGCAAUAAGACUCUGUUCUUUCACGUCUAUUACACUAGCUGAAGAAACGGGAAGGGGCAGAGACAGCAGGCAGGUAAUGGUGAGUGUGGCAGGCUGCCACCUAGCCCUGGUACCGCCUGAUGGGCACUGCCAUGUGACAGAACCAAGGCACAAUGCUGCCGGCUCCUCUUCAGACACUAACUGGUUUCUCCCCACACCCUCCUUCCCCGCUGUCCAGUGGAGAAAGGUAGUUGUGACUGCCUGUUGUCCACAGGCAGCUGCUCUUUCUGUAAAACUUUGGGAGGUCUGCUCUGUGUAGGCAUCGGGCUGGACAUUCAUGUCACAGCCGGUAAAUGCCCAGCAGCCAGGUUCAGGUGGUCGUGAUUUCAAUCUGUUGCGCUGGUACGAAACGAAGUGAAAAUAUUCUUGAUCUGUUACUCUUCCGUGAAUAACUUUUCCAACUCUCCUGCUGCAUUUGCGUCACUAGAGGGCAGCUGUCAGCUGCAAUGAGCCAAAAGCACAGCUGGCUUGUCACCUAGCCACUAAUAAUCUCAUCCUCUACCAACACUACGUGUCACCAGCAGCCAGUGCUUCCUUCACUCGUGUGGGUGGCAGUGC